GUGUUUCAGGUGUACAUGGCGUGUCAGUCCAUGCUGAUUGUUCUGGUCGGCUCUACACCAGAGUACCGCAUCGAGCAGCAGGACGACGCCCCGGCCGGACGCCAGGAGCUGCAACACCAUGUCACCUUUACAGAGGACAUCGACUCCAUAGUGACGGAGUUUCUCGUCAAGCAGCAGGCCUAUAAGGUCAGUCUCGCUGGAUCGCUGUUCUUCGUCGGGCUGCUGGUGGGAAACAUCGUCUUCGGGCCACUUUCCGACAAGAUCGGGAGGAGACCAGUCUACUUGACAGGUCUUUUCUUCGAGGUGGUCUUUGGUUACAUGACGGCCUUAGCCCCCAACUACGAGGUCUUCGCCGUGUCCCGUCUGCUGGUGGGACUGAUGAACGGCGGAACCGGCCUGGUCUGCUUCGUCCUCACUCAGGAGUAUGUGGGCAAGUCCUACUGGGCCAUGACAGGGACAUUGACCAGUAUGACCUUUGCGAUCGGUAUUGCUCUGUUCGGAGCGCUGGGAUAUUUCAUCCGGCCGUGGAGGAGUCUCGCCUCGGCAGCCAACUUGCUCGGCGUCCUGUUCUUUCUUCUGUCUGUAACUCUUCCAGAGUCUCCUCGUUGGCUGUAUUCUCAGGGUCAGACGGAGCGAGCUGAAGAGGUCCUGCGCUACAUGGCGCUGAGAAAUGGCAACGCCGCCAAACACCUGAUGCUGCAGCGAGUUGGCCCUGGCAAAGCUGGUAACCGUGGCAACAGGGGCGCGGGUGUCCUGCAGCUGGUCGUCCAUCCGGUCCUCCGCCUGAGGACCAUGGUGCUCAUGUAUGUCUGGUGAGUGUACCACUUGUCGAUGG